GAGCUGUUGAAUAAAGCGAACCGCAACCCAGCCGGCUUUCAGCCUCCUGAAAAAACACUUUUGUGUGACCAGCUCCAGCUUCCAGCCCGGGACCAUGGGGAGCAGCAAGAGCAAGCCCAAGGACCCCAGCCAGCGGCGGCGCAGCCUGGAGCCCCCCGAGAGCAGCCAGCACGGGGGGUUCCCAGCCUCGCAGACCCCCAGCAAGGCGGCUGCUCCCGACGCCCACCGCACGCCCAGCCGCUCCUUCGGCACCGUGGCUGCCGAGUCCAAGCUCUUCGGGGGCUUCAACACCUCUGACACCGUCACCUCUCCGCAGCGCGCCGGGGCGCUGGCUGGGGGAGUCACCACCUUUGUAGCCCUCUACGACUAUGAGUCCCGGACCGAAACCGACUUGUCCUUCAAGAAAGGAGAGCGCCUGCAAAUCGUCAACAACACGAGAAAAGUGGAUGUCAGGGAAGGUGACUGGUGGCUGGCUCAUUCCCUCACUACAGGACAGACGGGCUACAUCCCCAGUAACUAUGUCGCGCCCUCAGACUCCAUCCAGGCUGAAGAGUGGUAUUUUGGGAAGAUCACUCGUCGGGAGUCCGAGCGGCUGCUGCUCAACCCCGAGAACCCCCGAGGGACCUUCCUGGUGCGGGAGAGUGAGACCACGAAAGGUGCCUAUUGCCUCUCCGUGUCCGACUUUGACAACGCCAAGGGGCUCAACGUGAAGCACUACAAGAUCCGCAAGCUGGACAGCGGCGGCUUCUACAUCACCUCCCGCACCCAGUUCAACAGCCUGCAGCAGCUGGUGGCCUACUACUCCAAACAUGCUGAUGGCUUGUGCCACCGUCUCACCAACAUCUGCCCCACAUCCAAGCCCCAGACCCAAGGCCUUGCCAAGGAUGCCUGGGAAAUUCCCCGGGAAUCGCUGCGGCUGGAGGUCAAACUGGGACAGGGCUGCUUCGGAGAGGUGUGGAUGGGGACCUGGAAUGGCACCACCCGGGUGGCCAUCAAGACACUGAAGCCUGGCACCAUGUCCCCAGAGGCCUUCCUGCAGGAAGCCCAGGUCAUGAAGAAGCUGCGACACGAGAAGCUGGUUCAGCUCUACGCUGUGGUGUCAGAGGAGCCCAUUUACAUAGUCACCGAGUACAUGAGCAAGGGGAGCCUGCUUGACUUCCUGAAGGGUGAGAUGGGCAAGUACCUGCGGCUGCCCCAGCUUGUGGAUAUGGCUGCUCAGAUCGCAUCGGGCAUGGCCUAUGUGGAGAGGAUGAACUACGUGCACCGGGACCUGCGGGCAGCCAACAUCCUGGUGGGGGAGAACCUGGUGUGCAAAGUGGCUGAUUUUGGCUUGGCACGACUCAUCGAGGACAACGAGUACACAGCUCGGCAAGGUGCAAAGUUUCCCAUCAAGUGGACGGCCCCCGAAGCAGCUCUGUACGGCAGGUUUACCAUCAAGUCAGAUGUCUGGUCCUUCGGCAUCCUCUUGACUGAGCUGACCACCAAGGGCAGAGUGCCAUACCCAGGGAUGGUGAACCGGGAGGUGCUGGACCAGGUGGAGCGGGGGUACCGCAUGCCCUGCCCGCCCGAGUGCCCCGAGUCCCUGCACGACCUCAUGUGCCAGUGCUGGCGGAAGGACCCGGAGGAGAGACCCACCUUCGAGUACCUGCAGGCUUUCCUGGAGGACUACUUCACCUCGACAGAGCCCCAGUACCAGCCUGGAGAGAACCUAUAGACACGGGGCUCCUCCUGGCACCAG